AUGUCGAUUCCAGGCCUGGGCCAGAUCCCCUCGCAGCCCACCGCCUCUUCUACCCGCGUCCUCGCCCUCCGUCCCGUCUGCGAAUGGCGAUUCCAAGUGUCCCACGGCUCGUCCGUCAUUGUCAAGGUCCUCUCUGGCACAGCUGAGAAGGACGGCGUCGAGCUAGCCCCCCGCAAUGCGUAUAACUUUUCCGGCGUCAAGUCCAAGAUCCUGACCUGGCACGGAUGCGAGCUCGAGAUUGACGGUCGCUGCGACAGCGAAUCCAUCGCCGACUACGGGAACCCGACCGAGAAUGUCGCCAAUUCGCAUCUGAACCUGCAUGGGCAGCUUAACGAUAUGCGCCAAGCGGCGGCAAGAGAAGGAAGAGAAGGGCCGAGGGUUCUUAUUACAGGAGGAGUCAACACGGGCAAGACGACGCUGGCAAGGACUCUGACGAGUUAUGCGACGAGACAGGGCUACCAGCCUCUGGUGGUGAACGCAGACCCCAAGGAAGGGCUGCUUAGUCUUCCAGGGACGCUGAGCGCCAGCGUGCUUGCGACUGUCAUGGAUCCUGAGGCUGUGGACGGUUGGGGUAGUACGCCAACGAGUGGUCCAAGCAGCGUCCCUGUCAAGCUACCUUUGGUCUUCUACUAUGGACUAGAGUCUCCUGAGGAGGAUCCCGACUUUUACCGUGAGCUCGUCAGUAAACUGGCCGGUAGCGUGAGUGGACGGUUGAACGAGGACGAGAAUGUCAAGAAUUCAGGUGUCAUCAUCGAUGGCACGGGUCUCCCCGAGCAGACCAAGGACGGGUUCGACCUUGUUGCGCAUAUUGUUGAUGAAUUCUCCAUCAAUGUUAUCAUUGUGGUUGGCUCCUCGCAUCUUGGCGGAGAGUUGACCAAGCGCUUUGCAAGCGAGCGGACGAGCCUUGGAGAGCCUAUCAGUGUGGUGCCCUUGGACAAGUCUGAUGGCGUCGUUGAGCGUGACGAAAUGUUUAUGCAGCACGCAAGGGAGGCUGCUAUCAAGGAGUACUUCUUUGGCGACUCGAGACGGACCUUGAGCCCCCUGAUUCAGCAAGUAGACUUUGACAAUGUCGUCGUGUACCAUACACCAGAGCACCCGACCUACAACGGCGAGACAUUAGCCCGCGAAGAGCCGUCGACCCCAAUGCAACACUGGACGCUGGCCAUUAUGCACGCGACACCUAAGGAGUCGCCCGAUACGGUCCGCGCCGCAGGCGUCAUGGGUUUCCUCUACGUGUCCGAUGUGGACGAGGAGCGACGCAAGAUCAAGCUACUCUCGCCGGUGAGCGGGCGGUUGGGCGACCAGCCACUCGUGUGGGGGAAGUGGCCGGAGCCGUACAUUAACCUGCUCGGAUGA